CGAGGAGUCGAGCGACACCAGGGGUCUGUAUAUAAGGGCUCACACCGGCAAUGUCUUUCUCUCUCGCCAAACCAUCAUUUCCAUCUUUUCUAAGCAGACAAAGAAACAAUCAAGCACCUCAUACCUCAAAAUGACCCCGAAGAUUUUCGUCUGCGGAGCGACUGGCACGCAAGGCGGCGCCACCACCCACCACCUUCUCCAAAAAGGCGCCUCUGUGCACGCUCUCGUCCGCGAUCCCAAUUCUCACGGUGGACAGAAACUCCAAGAAGUCGGAGUCACCGUCACGCCGGGAAAUUACGACGACGAAGACUCCCUCCGAAAGGGCCUGCAAGGCUGCGCCGGCCUGUUCCUGAACCUAUCGCCGGACUUCCAGAACGAAAAGCACGAAGUCGAACAAGCUCGUCGAAUCCUUUCCAUCGCCAAAGCAUCCGGUGUCAGUCGAAUCGUUUAUGCCAGCGCGUUCGCCGUCAACGAUCCCGAGCGACUCACCGCAUGGGACCCCAACGGUUUCUUGGGCAAGAUAAUCUUGUCGAAACAAGCCAUCGAGAACGAAGUCCGCGCCGCUGGGUUCGAUUCUUGGACCAUCAUUCGCCCAGCCAACUUCAUGUCGAACUACCUCUCCCCCCUAGCGACGAUGUUAUACCCUGGUUUGGUCGAAACGGGUGUCUGGACCACGGCCCUGUUGAAGGAGACCCUCGUGCCCAUGGUCGACCCUAACGACAUUGGACGGUUUGCGGCCGAAGCUAUCUUGGAUCCGUCGCGGUUCCACACGAAGGAGAUUGACUUGGCGUCGGAAUUGUUGACCGCGGAGGACAUCUUGAAGGAACUGGCCCAAGCGACAGGUCGGCAGUUCAAGGCGCACUUUCUGACGGAAGAGGAGAUAAAUGCGCAGGCGGCUGUGAAUCCGAUGAUUAAGGGACAGCUGGGGAUGCGCGAUAUGUAUCGAUUUGUGAACAUCGAGGAUGUGAAGGCGUGGGGAUUUCCGUUGGGGACAUUUGGAGGGUUUUUGGAGAGGAAGAAGGAAAGCGUCGGAAAGACUUACUCGGUUUGAGUCCUCAGGCAGCAUGUUCCCUAGCACUUCAUUUAUCUACUAGCAACGACUUCAAAGCAUAUCAUGUCUA